GCGACGCGGAAGAUUUGCGUGUGGGGCCUCGCUCUGGGAUAGCUUUACGGCUUCUGGGAGCUGCAGCUUCGCGGUGAGAAGUAUCCGCGAGGAGCCGUCCGGGAAAGGUCCGAAUGCGAACAAACCUAAUCCGCGAGACUUGCUAAGGUUCUCUGCUACAAAUUGAUGUUUAGAUAAACUUCAGUGAAAUGACUCUUCAGGAAUUGGUGCGUAAGGCUGCCUCCUGUUAUAUGGACAAAGUAGCUGUAUGUUUUGAUGAAUGCAACAACCAGCUUCCAGUUUACUACACCUACAAGACUGUGGUUAAUGCUGCUUCUGAAUUAUCAAAUUUUCUGCUGUUACACUGUGACUUUCAAGGAAUUCGGGAAAUUGGUCUCUACUGCCAACCUGGAAUAGACUUACCCUCUUGGAUUUUAGGAAUUCUCCAAGUCCCAGCUGCUUAUGUACCUAUCGAUACAGAUUCACCACCAUCAUUAUCAACUCAUUUUAUGAAAAAAUGUAAUCUAAAGUAUAUCCUUGUUGAAAAAAAACAAAUUAAUAAAUUUAAAUCUUUUCAUGAAACGUUAUUGAGUUACGAUACAUUUACAGUAGAACAUAAUGACCUAGUGCUCUUCAGACUUCACUGGAAAAAUACUGAGGUGAACUUGAUGCUAAGUGAUGGAAAAGAGAAAUAUGAAAAAGAAAAAAUAAAAAUCAGCGUAAGUUCUGAGCAUGUCAAUGAAGAAAAAGCAGAACACGUGGAUCUGAGGCUAAAGCAUUGCUUAGCGUAUGUACUACAUACAUCAGGGACUACAGGGAUACCGAAGAUUGUCAGAGUGCCUCAUGAGUGUAUAGUACCAAAUAUCCAGCAUUUUCAGGUACUUUUUGACAUCACACAAGAAGAUGUUUUGUUUCUGGCUUCACCUCUGACCUUUGAUCCUUCUGUUGUGGAAAUAUUUCUUGCUCUAUCAAGUGGUGCCUCUCUGCUUAUUAUACCAACUUCCAUCAAGUUGCUCCCAUCAAAAUUAGCCAGUGUUCUCUUUUCCCAUCAUAGAGUGACUGUUUUGCAGGCAACACCAACAUUGCUUAGAAGAUUUGGAUCUAAGCUUAUCAAGUCAAAUGUUUUGUCAGCCACUACUUCUCUUCGAGUAUUAGCCCUUGGUGGUGAAGCGUUUCCAUCAUUGACAGUUCUCAGAAGCUGGAGAGGAGAAGGCAAUAAAACACAAAUAUUUAAUGUUUAUGGUAUCACAGAGGUAUCAAGUUGGGCAACCAUUUAUAGGAUUCCAGAGAAGAUUCUUAACUCUACUUUAAAAUGUGAAUUGCCUGUACAACUGGGAUUUCCACUUCUUGGAACAGUAGUUGAAGUCAGAGAUACUAAUGGCUUCACAAUUCAGGAAGGCAGUGGCCAAGUAUUUUUAGGUGGCAGAAACAGAGUGUGUUUUCUUGAUGAUGAAGUGACAGUACCACUUGGCACAAUGCGAGCUACAGGAGACUUUGUGACUGUGAAAGAUGGAGAGAUUUUUUUUUUGGGACGAAAAGACAGUCAGAUCAAACGUCAUGGCAAACGUCUUAACAUUGAACUUGUGCAACAGGUUGCUGAAGAGCUUCAGCAAGUGGAGUCUUGUGCAGUUACAUGGUAUAAUCAGGAAAAAUUAAUUCUCUUCAUGGUGUCUAAAGAUGCUUCAGUAAAAGAAUACAUCUUUAAAGAACUGCACAAAUAUCUUCCAAGUCAUGCAAUCCCGGAUGAGCUUGUAUUGAUUGACUCUCUACCAUUUACAUCCCACGGCAAAAUUGAUGUUUCUGAGUUAAACAAGAUAUAUUUAAACUACAUAAACUUGAAGUCUGAGAAUAAACUCAGUGGGAAAGAGGACCUUUGGGAAAAAUUACAGUAUUUGUGGAAGUCUACUCUGAAUCUCCCAGAAGAUCUUUUGAAGGUUCCUGAUGAGUCACUGUUCUUAAAUAGUGGUGGAGAUUCCUUAAAGUCCAUCCGGCUCCUCAGUGAAAUUGAAAAACUUGUUGGUACAUCAGUGCCUGGGCUUCUGGAAAUUAUUCUCAGCAGUUCCAUUUUAGAGAUUUACAACCACAUUCUUCAAACAGUGUUUCCAGAUGAAGAUGUGACAUUCAGGAAGAGUUGUGCCACAAAAAGGAAACUCAGCGACAUUAAUCAAGAGGAAGCUAGUGGAGCAUCUUUACAUCAGAAAGCUAUCGUGACUUCAAGUUGCCACAAUGAGAUUAAUGCUUUUGUUGCACUGAGCAGAGGGAGUCAAAUUUUGUCUCUGAAUACCACUAGGUUUUCAACAAAGUUAGGACAUUGCUCUUCAGCCUAUCCUUCUGAUUCAGUUUCACAGACCAACAUUCAAAAUGUGAAAGACUUAAAUUCUCCAGUUCUUAUUGGAAAGUCAAAAGAUCCAUCCUGUGUUGUGAAAGUUUCUGAAGAGGGGAAACCUGUGAUAGGGACUCAGAAAAUGGAGUUACAUGUGAGGUGGAGGUCAGACACAGGCAAGUGCGUAGAUGCUUCACCGCUGGUUGUAAUACCCGCUUUUGAUAAGUCAUCUACAACUGUGUACAUUGGUUCCCAUUCUCAUAGAAUGAAGGCAGUUGACUUUUACUCUGGGAAGGUGAAAUGGGAACAGCUUUUGGGAGAUCGAAUUGAAUCCUCAGCAUGUGUAUCUAAGUGUGGAAACUUUAUUGUGGUGGGCUGUUAUAAUGGAUUAGUUUAUGUUCUGAAAAGUAAUAGUGGAGAAAAAUACUGGAUGUUUACUACUGGAGAUGCUGUCAAAAGCUCAGCAACCAUGGAUCCAACCACAGGACUCAUUUACAUUGGAUCUCAUGACCAGCAUGCAUAUGCUUUAGAUAUUUAUAGAAAGAAGUGUGUUUGGAAGUCAAAAUGUGGAGGAACUGUCUUUUCCUCUCCGUGUUUGAACCCGAUUCCACAUCAUUUGUAUUUUGCUACAUUGGGAGGACUUUUACUGGCUGUAAAUCCUGCUACUGGGAACAUUAUUUGGAAACAUUCCUGUGGAAAACCACUCUUCUCUUCCCCACGAUGUUGCUCACAGUAUGUUUGUAUUGGCUGUGUAGAUGGGAAUUUGCUCUGCUUUACUCACUUUGGAGAACAGGUUUGGCAGUUCUGUACCAGUGGACCAAUCUUUUCAUCCCCGUGUACCUCAUCAUCAGAGCAAAAAAUAUUUUUUGGUUCCCAUGAUUGCUUUGUCUACUGUUGUAACAUGAAAGGUCACCUGCAGUGGAAAUUUGAAACUACUUCAAGGGUCUAUGCAACACCGUUUGCUUUCCAUAACUGCAACGGCAGCAAUGAAAUGUUGCUGGCAGCAGCAUCUACUGAUGGGAAACUGUGGAUCUUGGAAUCUCAGAGUGGACAAUUGCAAAGUGUUUAUGAACUUCCUGGAGAAGUCUUCUCUUCUCCUGUGGUCCUGGAAUCAAUGCUCAUUAUUGGGUGUAGAGAUAAUUAUGUUUAUUGUCUGGAUUUAUUAGGUGGCAAUAAAAAAUAAUCAAAUACAGUCCUUAUUUAUAUAACAAAUGUGAGAUGUUUGAAAAUAUUUUACCAUUAUAGAGCAUUUGGAUAGUCUUAUUUAAAUUAAAGAUUAUAUUUUGGCUAAGAAACGGA